GUAGGGACGUACCAGUAUCAUCCCAGAUGAAUCCUUUCUGCCUUUCCAUAACAGCAAAGUAGUUGGAAGGUUCAGUCAGCAGGUGUUUCCCUGCCUUUGCCGACUCCUCAGGGUGGAUAUUUUUGAGAUGCCUCCAAGCAGUGUGUGGAAUCCUUCAUUUGUGUUUGAGGUGUGAACAACCUCUGAAAGAUCUGCUAAAAGGAUAAGGAGGAACCUCUAUGGGUAACUCUUGGCUGGAAACAAUUACUGGUCAACCAUGGUAAAACUUGCCAACCCUCUUUAUACGGAGUGGAUUCUAGAAGCUAUACAAAAAGUUAAGAAACAAAAGCAAAGGCCUUCUGAAGAGAGAAUAUGUCAUGCUGUUUGUGCUUCCCAUGGAUUAGAUAAAAAGACUGUUUCGGAACAGUUGGAACUUAGUGUUCAAGAUGGUUCUAUUCUCAAAGUUACUAACAAAGGUCUUGCAUCCUACAAGGACCCAGAUAAUCCCGGACGGUUUUCAUGUGUUAAACCUGGCACUAUUCCCAAGUCUGUUAAGGGAUCUAGGGGAGCUUGUAACGAGCUUCGUAAUGUGGAUUGGAAUAAACUCUUGAGAAGAGCAAUUGAAGGGCUUCAAGAACCUAAUGGCUCCUCCCUCAAAAACAUAGAGAAGUAUUUGAGAAGUCAAAAUGACCUAGCAAGUAUUUUCAACAAUCCUGCCUUUCAGCAGAGGUUGCGUCUGGGCGCCAAACGGGCUGUGAACAAUGGGAGAUUACUGAAGGAUGGUCCUCAGUACAGAGUGAAUUAUGGCAGUUUGGAAAACAAAGGAGCUCCAAAAUAUUCCAGCACCUUCCCAGCUUCUCUUCCACCUGUCAGCCUUCUACCCCAUGAAAAGGACCAGCCACGAGCUGAUCCCAUCCCGAUAUGUAGCUUUUGUUUGGGAACGAAAGAAUCAAACCGUGAAAAAAAGCCAGAAGAGCUCUUGUCUUGUGCAGACUGUGGCAGCAGUGGACAUCCAUCAUGUUUGAAGUUCUGUCCUGAGUUAACAACAAAUGUGAAGGCCUUGAGGUGGCAGUGCAUUGAAUGCAAGACAUGCAGUGCGUGUAGGAUCCAAGGCAAAAAUGCAGAUAACAUGCUUUUUUGCGACUCCUGUGAUAGAGGGUUCCACAUGGAGUGCUGUGACCCACCACUUUCCCGAAUGCCAAAAGGGAUGUGGAUUUGCCAGGUCUGUAGGCCAAAGAAGAAGGGGAGAAAGCUGCUUCAUGAGAAAGCUGCCCAAAUAAGACGACGAUAUGCAAAACCUAUUGGACGACCGAAAAAUAAACUAAAGCAACGAAUGUUGUCUGUAACCAGUGAUGAAGGAUCCGUGAAUGCAUUCACAGGAAGGGGGUCACCUGGUAGGGGUCAAAAGACUAAAGUCUGUACCACACCUUCAUCUGGUCAUGCUGCAUCUGUGAAGGAUUCAAGCAGCAGAUUGCCUGUUACAGACCCCACUCGGCCUGGUGCCACCACCAAAAUCACCACCACCUCCACCUACAUAUCUGCCUCUACACUUAAAGUUAACAAGAAAACCAAAGGGCUCAUUGAUGGCCUUACUAAGUUCUUUACGCCAUCACCUGAUGGUCGCAGAUCACGAGGUGAAAUAAUAGACUUUUCAAAGCACUAUCGUCCAAGGAAAAAGGUCUCUCAGAAACAGUCAUGCACUUCUCUUGUGUUGGCUACAGGUACCACACAAAAGCUAAAACCUCCACCUUCUUCACUUCUAUUCCCAACCCUCAUCUCUGGUCAGAGCCCCAGUUUGCAAAAAUCCAGCACUUCCACUUCUUCUAACUCUCCCCAAAGUUCUUCCAGUCAGUCAAGCAUACCCUCCCGUAGUAGCCUUCCUAAUAGCAGUCAGCUAAAGGGACUCUUUGAUGGUCUCUCUCAUAUCUAUACCACUCAGGGACAGUCUCGAAAAAAGGGUCACCCAAGCUAUGCACCACCCAAGCGUUCGUGUUGUAAGCCACAAUUAUCUUCCACAUCAACAUCUAAUAGCCAUUUCUGUGGAAAGAAAGAGGUUAGGAAUAGGUUUAUUUCUCAUGCCUGUGCCUCUGGAUGGGGUGUGUCUAGAGGACAUGCUUUUAAAACGAUCGUUCACCUCAAGAGAACAGCUUUCCUUAAAAAGCACAGGAUUCUAGGCAGAUUAAAGCUUAAAGUGACCCCUCAGAUGGGGACCCCCUCACCAGGGAAGGGGAGCUUGACAGACGGAAGGAUUAAACCUGAUCAGGAUGAUGAUACUGAAAUCAAACUAAGCAUCAAACAAGAAAAUACGGAUGUGUUUCUGUUGGGAAGCAAGGACACAGUUACACAGGAGGAUUUGGAAGUAUUUAAGCAGGCUCGAGAACUUUCCCUGGAGAAAAUUGGGUGUAAAAACACUGGUGAAACAAGUGGGCGAUACCCUUCAGUGAUUGAGUUUGGAAAAUACGAGAUCCAGACCUGGUACUCUUCACCUUACCCACAGGAAUACGCAAGAUUACCAAAGCUUUACCUGUGUGAAUUCUGUCUUAAAUACAUGAAAAGUAAAAACAUUUUGUUAAGGCAUUCAGAGAAAUGUGGCUGGUUUCCCCCUCCAGCCAAUGAAAUCUACAGAAGAAAUGACCUUUCAGUAUUUGAGGUUGAUGGAAAUGUGAGCAAAAUUUAUUGUCAGAAUCUCUGUUUGUUAGCUAAGCUCUUUCUGGACCACAAAACCUUGUAUUAUGAUGUUGAACCAUUCCUCUUCUAUGUCCUUACAAAAAAUGAUGAGAAAGGCUGCCAUUUAGUUGGAUAUUUCUCUAAGGAAAAGCUUUGCCAGCAGAAGUACAAUGUCUCCUGCAUAAUGAUCAUGCCCCAAUACCAAAGGCAAGGAUUUGGAAGGUUUCUCAUUGAUUUCA